AUGUCUUCUGAUUUUUCUUUAACAAAAUCUCCCUCUUCAAAUCUGGAAUUCGAUGAAGCUUCACAAAAAGAACUUGCGAAAUUUUUAGAAGGUGAAAAUGCAAAAAUGCGUCUUCAACAAUCUGUUCACACUUUUACUGAUCUAU